CUGUUUGUUUGUUUACAUCAUUUCAUUUCAUAUUUAAAAACAACCAAAAAUACACACACCCCACACAACUCUGUAAACAUCUAAACAAAGCAUUCAACAACAAUUUUGUCAGAAUCUGAAGCCCUAAAUGUCGGCGGCAACAACAAGUACAAGAAAAGAAGGCGACGGACUGCUUCUGGGUCGGUUCGAGAUCGGAAAACUUUUAGGCCACGGCAGUUUUGCAAAAGUAUAUCUAUCACGAAAUAUCAAAACAAAUGAAUCCGUCGCCAUUAAAGUAAUCGACAAAGAAAAAAUCAUGAAAGGCGGCUUGAUUUCACAUAUAAAACGCGAGAUCUCGAUACUGCGGCGUGUCAGACACCCAAACAUUGUUCAAUUGUUUGAAGUUAUGGCGACAAAAAGUAAGAUUUUUUUUGUUAUGGAAUAUGUUAAAGGUGGUGAGUUAUUUAAUAAAGUAGCUAAAGGUAGAUUAAAAGAAGAAAUUGCUAGAAAAUAUUUCCAACAAUUAAUAUCUGCCGUAGGAUUUUGUCAUGCUCGUGGUGUGUUUCAUAGAGAUUUAAAACCUGAAAAUAUAUUGUUAGAUGAGGAUGGAGAUUUGAAAGUUUCGGAUUUCGGUUUGAGUGCGAUUAGUGAACAAAUUAGAGGGGAUGGUUUGUUUCAUACAUUUUGUGGGACCCCUGCUUAUGUGGCACCUGAGGUAUUGGGGAGGAAGGGUUAUGAGGCGGCGAAAGUAGAUAUCUGGUCUUGUGGGGUGAUUUUGUUUGUUUUGAUGGCGGGUUAUUUGCCUUUUCAUGAUCAGAAUAUAAUGGUGAUGUAUAAGAAGAUUUAUAGAGGGGAGUUUCGGUGUCCUAGAUGGUUUUCGCCUGAAUUGACUCGUUUGUUGAAACGAUUGUUGGAUACGAAUCCUGAAUCGAGAAUUACUAUUCCUGAGAUUAUGGAGAAUAAGUGGUUUAAAAAAGGGUUUAGGAAUGUUAAGUUUUAUUUGGAGGAUGAUAAGUUAUGUAGUGUGAAGGAAGGCGGGGAGAUUGAGGAUGAUGGGAUUGAUUAUUCGUCUGACCAGUCUUCGUAUUCUGAAACUGAAGCUGAAUCCGAGGCUAGAAGAAGAAAAGGACCAACUAGUUUGCCUAGACCUGCUAGUUUAAAUGCGUUUGAUCUUAUAUCGUUUUCUCGUGGGUUUAGCUUGUCUGGUUUGUUUGAAGAUGGAGUUGAGGAAUCAAGAUUUGUGUCACGUGUACCGGUUUCUAAGAUAAUACCAAAGUUGGAGGAGAUCGGACAAGAUGUUAAGUUUACGGUUAGGAAGAAGGACUGCAGGGUUAGUUUGGAAGGGUCAAGAGAAGGAGUAAAAGGUCCAUUGACGAUUGGAGUCGAGAUAUUUGAACUAACACCUUCUUUAAAUGUUGUGGAAGUCAAAAAGAAAGCAGGAGAUAAAGGAGAAUACGAUGUAUUUUUUGAACGGGAACUUAGACCAAGAUUGCAGGAACUUAUGCAUACUGAUCAACCUGGUGAAUCCUCAAAUCCACCUUCCGAUACUGAAUAAACUUAAUAUUACCAAAAGGGUAUACUUUUCAUUUCAUUUUCUUGCUCUAUUGUAAUGAUGAUUUUGUUUGUAUAAUAUGAUACUUUAUCAA